ACACAGAGGUAAAUUAAUGUUUUUCUUUAUAUAGAGAUUUUUGUCAAUUGGAUUUCUCUCUAAAUAGUGUUAUUGUGCAGGGCAAUAUGUAUUAGAUUUUAACAAUCACUUGCAAGGGGUGUAAAUUCAGCCACCAAAUACAAACGAGCCUUUUUAAAGCUUAACUUGAAGUAUCGCGUAUGGCCGACACGAACGUGGCAGCUACCAGGGAGCGUGCCGCAGAGAGCCGUGUCCCGUCAUGUACCCAGCCGCCUGUUCUCGCGAGACUCUCCACGGUGCCAGAGUACAAAGUCAAGUCACAGAGUUCAAACCGUUAUUUCGUACUUUCUCGUUGACUCAACAGGCGGUGCCGCCGGCUACUUCGUGCGCACGGCUAAAAACAACACGAAAGUUAGCCGGGUCCUUGAUUCGCGGCGCAGGCUCGACGGGACGUCCCUCUUUCUAACCCAACCUACGACGUCAACUCCUCUGAAUUUCGUGCCCGCUGAAGCGUACGAGCGGAGCCUGCGCGCAGCGGAGGGUUUGUUUCGUUAGUUCGCCGUGCAAGCAGCGCGCACCUCCUCAAACUGUCGCGACGCGAGCCCGGAGAUGGCCUUUAGCUUGAGCCUGUCUGACUUGGAGGAGACGUCAAACUCUUUGAUAGGGAGCGAGCGCGAUCGGCUGAACACCGCGGACACCUGUGCGUGCGCGACCACGGCCGAGCUCAGUAAAGCCGUGUCCGUGUCCUUGAGUUUGGACUCGGUGUCUUCUCCGCUCAACAACAUGCAGCAGUGCGCCGCCGGCGCGUUCGCAGACUUUGACCCCCCCGCCGCGGAGAACCGUUCCCGGAGAGCGCCGGAGUUCGGAGCGGCUCGAGCGGCGCACCCAGAGGCCGGCCGCUUCGCGCUGAGCGGCGCCGACCCGAGGGACGACGAGGACGACGAAUUCGGAGAGGUGUGCCACGGCAUCCAGCAGGUGAGCUGCAUGGAUCUGCUGCGGUCGAGCGACGCGGAGGGCGCGCGAGCCGAGACGCGCGACUCCGUGAUCGCCCGAUACGUCUACAAGGAGUCCAACUUGUUCAUGAGCCCCGCGACGGAGCUGCCGGCGCCCUCCCAGUUGGACGGGCUCUUCCCUUUGAGACCGUUCUCCGCGUACUCGGCCGGUCCGAACCUGUUCAGGGACGCGCCGGGUGUGUGGCGCGCGUACAGCAGCCGAUCGGAGCCGGAGAGACCAGGAUCCGGCGGACACGAGUUGUUGUGUAAAUACUGUAACUGUGGACAAGGCUCUCUAGGAUCGAGACCGCCAUGCCGCUGUAUGUGGUACAGCAAAGACGAGCAGGAUGGCAAAGGUGGCAUUCAAUCGGCCAUGGCCCAAGGCUACGGCCAGUUGGAAAGUUACCAAAGUGCGACUCCUCAGGAGCAGCUCACUUUGUCCGCCAUCAAGACCGAACCUUCGCUUUGGAUGGAUUGCUCCGAUCGCAGUUUCAGAAAUGAGGAUUUGUUUCCAGGUGUGUACCUGUCAGACAGGAGAGUGUGUCAGGUGUGCGGUGAUGAUGCCUCCGGCUGUCAUUAUGGAGCCGUCACUUGCGGCAGCUGCAAAGUGUUCUUCAAGAGGGCCGCAGCAGGUAAGCAGAACCACCUGUGCGCCAGCCGGAACGACUGCACCAUCGACAAGCUGAGGAGGAAGAACUGCGCCUCGUGCCGCCUGAAGAGAUGCUUCAUGUCGGGAAUGAGCCUUAAAGGUCGCAGGCUGAAGGGAAAUGGACAGACGAGGAGCGCGGAGGAGGAGCAGCAGCAGCAAGGCCCCGGAGAACGGGCCGGGAGGAGGGACGUCAUCAUGGAACCAGGGAGCUCCGCUGUCAUGGCUCAGACAUCCCCGGCCCUGGCUCUGGGCAUCCCCCCGACCCUGCGUUCGUGCCUCUCCCUGCUCAGCGUCCUGCAGGCCAUCGAGCCGGCCGUGGUCAACGCGGGACACGACCACGCGCAGCCGGACAGCCCCGUGUCCUUGCUCACCAGCCUCAACGAGCUGGGGGAGAGACAGCUGGUAACGGUGGUGCGCUGGGCCAAGGCGAUACCAGGUUUCCGUGACAUGCACGUAGACGACCAGAUGUCAGUGAUUCAGUUGUCAUGGAUGGGGGUGAUGGUGUUCGCUUUGGGCUGGAGGUCAUACACUCUCACUAACAGCUCCCUGCUCUACUUCGCUCCAGACCUGGUUUUCAAUGACCAACGGAUGGAAGUCUCCAGUAUGUAUGAACACUGUGUGAGGAUGAAGCUGCUCUCCCAAAGGUUCUGCAUGCUGAAGGUCACUCAGGAGGAGUUCCUCUGCAUGAAGGCCCUGGUCCUCUUCAGCAUCAUGCCGAUGGAGGGCCUGAAGAACCAGCGUUGUUUUGAUGAACUGCGGACCUCCUACAUCAAGGAGCUGGACCGCUUGGCCAGCCACUGCGGAGAGACCACCCGCACGCAGCGGCUGUUUCAGCUCACACAGCUGCUGGACUCCCUCCAGUCGAUUGUGAGGAAGUUGCACCAGUUCACCUACGAUCUGUACCUCCAAGCCCAGUCCCUCCAGACGCGGGUCAACUUCCCAGAGAUGAUCUCCGAGAUCGUCAGCGUCCACGUGCCCAAGAUCCUCUCCGGCAUGGUCAAGCCCAUCCUUUUCCACAAUACGGCCUAAAAAGCCGAGCCGCUGUGUUGAAACGGGAAAAGAGAGGGUUUGUGAUUUUCACGAGGGCAAAGUGAUACAGUCGAGCACAGUGAAGCCAUGAAGGCCAUAAAGCACAUUCUUCCAAAUCUAAUUGCAUCCACUUUGUUAUUCUUACCGCCUGCUAUCUGUAUCACACACGACACGUGUUUCCUGGUGUCGAUUUUAAAACCGCUAUUUCAUUUUUAGAAUGCAUUCCUUCCCACAGGCUCACAAAAGGCUUGUGAAACUGUCUGGCACGUAGAGGUCUUCAUAUUUAACAGACGACGGGCUCUGUUUUAUUUCAGGACGCGAGCCGGUGGUGAGAAACCCCCCCCCAAUCGCCCCCCCGUGUCCCGCAGAGUUCACGUUGCCAUUGCUUGUGUGUGUGUGCGCGCUGUGGUAUGAUAUUUGCACUAGCUUCUUAACAAUGAAUGUUAUUGUGUGCACCUGAGAUGAGGGAAGUUGAUUGACAGUUAAUAAACGGUUGUGGCACGCAUGCUAAGACACUAAGCUGUCCCGCCUGAAUACAAGGACAAGCGGUUCUAAUCGAUAGGAAUAAUAGCCGACUAAUCGUUUUAGUUGUCCACAAAAAACAAAUAAGCUUUUAAACUGCAAGUGACUUCAUCGAUACCAAUUCCAAAUGUAUAUUUAUGAAUUUUCUAUCAUCAAAACGUCACACUAAAGAAAACAAUUGCACGACAUCAACGAUGCUCGUUAGUCAACCAACUAUUGGCAGAUUUAUUUGGUUUUGUUUACUUUGCUUGUUUUGUAUGUACUUUAUUCAAGUACAGUUUUUCCAGGAGGGACAUUUCAUACCUUGUGACUUUUCUACAGUUUCUUAAAAAGUGUUCUUUGCAACUGCUUUAUUCUGUGUCAUCGUGCACUCAUUGUAGCUUUUGAUAUUUUUGCUUAAACGUUUAAAAAGUAGGGUCCAGCCAAGAAUCUGCUCAUUUUGUUGCAGCACAGAACAGCUCAUCGUGUAAUAAAAAAACUGAAGCAUGA